CGCUGUAUCAUUCUGCACGGUUUGCUUAAAAAUCACAUAGGGUUUUCUUUUUUUCUGGUGCUGACAUCUAAGAUUCUCCCCGUAUUAGUCGGACGCAAAGAAGACAAAAGACAUGGUGGAGGAGAGGAUGGGAGACUGUUGGAGCCACACCAAGGAUCAGUUUGAUAACUUGGAGAAGCACACGCAGUGGGGGAUCGAGUUUGUGGAGAAGUACAACAAAUUUGUGAAGGAGCGAUCGGAGAUCGAAAUCAACUAUGCAAAACAAAUUAGGAAUCUUUCAAAGAAAUAUCAACCCAAGAAGAACUCAAGGGAAGAAGAAGAGAGCAAGUACACCUUCUGUCGAGCCUUCUUCACGACCCUUAAUGAGCUGAAUGACUACGCAGGUCAGCACGAGGUCAUAGCGGAGAACUUGACCUCCCAAAUCUUCAUUGAGCUUACGCGCUACCUGCAGGAGCUCAAGGCUGAGAGAAAAACGCAUUUCCAUGAUGGACGCAAAGCACAGCAGUACAUUGAAAGCUCGUGGAAGCAGCUGGAAUCGUGUAAAAGAAGGUUUGAGAGGGACUGCAAAGAGGCAGACAGAGCACAGCAAUACUUUGAGAAGAUGGAUGCUGACAUUAACGUGACUAAAGCUGAUGUGGAAAAGCGAGGCUUGAACAAGGCACGACAGCAAGCUCAGAUGAGGCACCAGAUGGCUUCUGACAGCAAGGGCGAUUACUCGUCCUACCUGCAAAAGUUCAACCAGGAGCAGAACGAUCAUUACCACACAAUAAUUCCCAACAUAUUUCAGAAACUUCAAGACAUGGAGGAGAAAAGGAUCGAGAGAGUAGGAGCGUGCAUGAAGACGUUCGCAGAGGUGGACCGCCAAGUGCUGCCCAUCGUGGGGAAGUGUUUAGACGGCAUGACUACAGCCGCCGAGUCCAUCGAGCCCAAGACUGACUCUCAGCAGGUGGUGGAGUCCUUCAAGUCUGGCUUUGAGCCCCCGAGCGACGUGGAGUUUGAAGACUACGGUCAGGCCAUGAAGAGGACGGUGUCCGAGAACAGCCUGUCCAACUCCAAAGAGAGCAAAGAGAAGCCUGCCGGCAAGAGCAAGCCCAAACUGUGGCCUUUCAUUAAGAACAAGAACAAGCUUAUGUCCCUGUUAACGUCCCCCCGUCAGCCCCCACCUGCCCCCCCAGCCUCAUCCCUGCCCUCACCCUCUGCUGUUCCCAACGACCCCCAGUCUCCCAAGCAGCACAAGGAGCCCCUCUCCCAUCGCCUCAACGACUUCAUGGCCUCCAAACCCAAAAUGCACUGCCUCCGGAGCCUGAGGCGAGGGCAGCAGUCCCCACGCUCGCUCAUUUAUCACAAAGAGCUCAUGAAGAGGACUCUGGGUCAACCCACAUAUGCUUUCGAAGCAAGGCAAUAUAUUCUUUCUCUCAAGCUGAUCACACUCAAUUCCCACGUCCGGAGUCUCAUUGAGGGAUCUGGACCAGAGGAUUUCAGUCAUCUGCCACCAGAGCAAAGGAGGAAGAAGCUGCAGGGCAAGAUUGACGACCUCAAUAAAGAUAUUCACAAAGAGAUGGACCAGAGGGAUGCACUGACCAAAAUGAAAGAUGUGUACAUAAAGAACCCCCAGAUGGGCGACCCGGCCAGCGUCGACCCCCGGCUGACGGAAAUAGGCCAGAACAUCGAGAAGCUCCAGGCUGAAGUGCAGAAGUUUGAGGGGUGGUUAGCGGAAGUAGAGGAGAGGAUGCCUUCGAAGAGCGACUCACAUCGUAGAAGCGGACUUUACGAGCCUCAGAGCAGCGUAGCAGUGAGCAAUAACUGUGCACAAGACAGAGAGAGGCCCCUGAGCAGCCCGGAUGGCAGCUACACAGAGGAGCAGAAUACAGAAACUCAGGUCAAAGCCAACAUCAACCCCAACCCCAACCCCAACCCCAAUCCCAUCCCCACCACCAUGCCGGACGACGAGGAAUUCGACGAUGACGACGAGCCGCUGGCCACCAUCGGCACCUGCAAAGCGUUGUACCCUUUCGAAGGUCAUAACGAAGGCACCAUCGCCGUGGCCGAGGGCGAGCUUCUGUACGUCAUAGAAGAAGACAAAGGAGAUGGCUGGACGCGGGUUCGGAGGAACCAGGAUGAAGAAGGAUAUGUCCCAACGUCCUACAUUGAGGUCAAUCUGGAACCGAAUGCCAAAGGCCAGUGGUAAAGGAACAAAGGAAAAAGAGAUCAGACGCUCUCAGCUCUAUGAUUCCUAAAAGUGAGAGGCUGGCAGAGGAAUGGCAGGGCAAGCAGCCGCGGAGAAAACCACGGUGUGAAAAAGUGAAAGAUGGGCUCAAUCUUUAAAGAAAAAAAAUAUCUGAGAAAGAGAGAGCGAUGGAUGAUAAGAAUGCCGCUGAAAUUCACAACACAAACAUUUUGACAAAAACUUUUUUUUAAUUAUUAUUAUCGGCAGCGUCGAGCUUCCUCCGCUGAACAAAAGAGAUCGGUUUUAGCUCUCAUAACAUUUUCUAUUUUAACUCCCCCCUACCACGACUCAUUGGACAGUACACAAUUUCAUCCUUGGUGUUUUACAGCAGAGCUUUGCUUCUUAAUGUCACUAACUCUGCUUGCGGCCAUGAAGAGGCUUUUUUUUUGGCAUCCUCGCUCCUAACGCUGCCCCUUGCCUGGCACUUUUUUUCUCUCUCUCUCUUCUGCCUAAUUUCUUGUGACGCUCACAAUUACGGGAAAGCGUGUGGUCAGAAACAGGACGGAAGAGCAGCAGGAGCCCGAAGGGGAACGUUAAAACACAGCCGCACGAAGCCGUAAAGUUCCUAAAACAACUCAUCCCAGUCUCAUCGCCUUCACCCUUCACUCCUUAAAAACGUCUUCUUUUUUAAAAAAAAAAAUUCAACCACUCAUUUUGCAGGUUUUAUCCAAGCAGAAACAGGAGGUGCUGAUCACCUUUUUUUUUUUUUUUUUGUAUUUCUGCUUUCUUUCUUUGUUUUUGUGUCAAACCACGUUCAGGUUCCUGGGAUCGGCUGGAGGCCCGUCACUCUCACCCCACAGUACUCAUGUCUCGUCACUUCUGUGUCUGUUCCUUUCUCUGACCACACCCUUUCGUUCCCACUCUCCUUCUUGCCCCCCACUACCCCCACUCAGGCAGCUCAGGCUACCUGUCUCACAGCUGCUUCGAGCCUCCCCCGUCUUGCUUUUUUUUUUUAAAUGUUAUUUUUUUUAAUUUGCCAAGGCUCGGGGCGUGUGGUGCGUUGCGGUGCAUGCUUGCCCUGUCUUCCUCCUCGCCCCCCUCUGCUGGCGGCUCGGAGAGGCGGCUUACGCCACCCCCCACCCACCCACUCCGUCCUGCUGCCGCUGCCUCGAGCCUUUCUGUUCAGUUUAACCCUCAUUGCCUGGUCACACUGUUUAAAUUAACCUGAAUGCUACUGUUUGGGUUCAGUGCCUGUGGUUUUUCUAAAACGUUUCUUUUUAUAUAUAUAUUUAUGUACAUUUCCUUUUUGUUUGUUCAAACAGCAUGUUUUCCUUGUUUUUAACCGCAAAUAUGUGAUCUUUCCCGCCUCCUUCUCCCAGUGCUCCAAAGUGUAAUCACAGAUGAUGACGUUAGGGAGCCAUAAUGUUGUUUUCUGACUGAUCUUACACAUAGAUAGGUUACCUCUUGUGAGUUUCUGUCCUUUUCUAUUUGUUUGUAAAAACGUAAUGCGACUUGUGGCUAGUUUACAGUCCAAUACCCUGUGGGAAAUGUCUCUGCUUGGUUUAGGCAACUUAGAAAAAAAAUAAAAUAAAUCCCCGCUUCUACUGUAUACGAAGAUGUACUGUGAUGAACAUUUUCUUGAGACUGAAGUGUGACAACAUACAGAUCAUCACCUGAAUUGAGCCUUAACCGGGUGGGACGAAAAAGAUGUAGUUGGAUUUGUUUAAUACGAUGAAGGUGUCUGUAGGCAUGGGCCGGAUUACUGGUGUCAAGGGAUGCCGUGGUUUUUGAAAUCUGCAAACAUUUAGCAACAUUUCAAUGGUUUAAACUCCUUUUAAAGACUCAGGUGGCUUAAGUUUUCUCCAAAUAUGACAAGCCUCUCCUCUUCACCAUGUCCUCCAGGCUGUCGCUCAUCUGACUGGGAGAAUUUUACUGCUGUUUUUCUCAUACUUGUCAAGUAGAUUCGGUUCGAAUGGGGACAAAAAUUGGAACAUUUGUUAAAUUUUCUGCUGGUGCAGUUCGCCUUCACACUGCACUGUCGAAAGAAGCAAACCUGUUUACCUCCUCACCUUUGGUGGUGCUGCACCACGAGUCACUGAAGGAAAUUACACCAAAACGUCUGAAGACGUGAGCGUCGCAAAACAAAACCUCCUUCACAAAAUGUAAAUAAAAAUGGAAUGGCGUCAUAUUUUAGUGGUUGAAGUUCAUUUCUGUUUUUGCUAAAAGACCAAAAGCCAUUUCUCCCGCUAUCGCUAGGCUUGUGCAUUUGUUUUGGUUGUUUUUAGUACAUGUGCAUUGGGGUCAAGAAUGUGGUAUUCUCAGUGUUCUGCUGGUUUAGGACUGGGUACGUUACUUUUGCCGUUAGAUCAGGAUCGCUUAUUCAUAUUUGCAGAUUAGCUGACCCCCAAAAUUUCUGAGAGCCUAACCAAGUGGCCGUAGAAGUAUUUUCUGAAUUCAUUUCACUUUUUUAAGCACUCGACAUGGCGAGGUGAUUCUUUAGCUGCGUCACACGUGGGAUAUGCAAAGCACACAAGAGCUCCGUUGUGUUUUCAGUGUCAAAUACACAGUAAGGUAUAUUUUACUCCACUGAAAUAAAAGCUCAUUAGGAAGACACAAGAGCACAAAAGAGUUUUGGAUAAAAGCAAUUAGAUCAUGCCAUACAUUUUGGUUACAUCUUAUCAGAAACUCAGACCGACCCAUGCCUAACUCUCAGACUGGAAGACUACAACUUUUUCCCCACAUUCAACGGCACAUAGUGUACAAGAUUUCAACUUUUUCAUUAUUAUUAUUUGUUUAUACUCUUUGAGAUUCUUCCUCUUUGUGUCUUUUUUUUUUUGUUUGUUAGAAUAUUCUGUUUCUCAUCCCACCUAAAUGAGACUCCUCUCGACAGCAAAGAUAAAGCAAACAGUCCCACUGUUCUGCGUUCUGUUCAGCAUCCACCUACCGCAGGUUUUCAUAAACACUUCCCAUGUGGAGGAGUGAUUAAGCAGACCUAUAAAUAGGCUCCCACCCUCCCCCAUCUCAUCACGUCAAGAUUUUUUCCGAGUUUAUUUUGCGUCUGUGAUAAACGUCGAGAGCGAAGUGGCGGAUUUACGGCAGCGAUCUGCCUCACCACAAGUCUUUUAGCCCUCAGAAUCACCUGCCUGUACAGAGGAUGUGACAUGAUGGAGUCAGAGAGAGUAUAUAUGAAUUUAUUAAAAAGGAAAAAAAAAAAAGUUUUAAAAGGAAAACAUCUAUUUUAACUAUAUGGAGAGUCUUACCGCGGAUUUAUUUGCUUCGACUAGUAAGACUUCUUUUUUUUUCCUUUAUGAGACCUACCAAAUGGUGUGUUUUUUGCACUUUUUCAUUUGUGUUCCAUUUGGUGGCCCCAUGCUUGUUGUUUUGGAGCACUGAAUAAUUUGUAUUGUGUUUAAUUUUAUGUGCCAAUUAAAUAUGCCUGAAAAGAAA